AACAGCUUGAUUUCAAUGAGACCGUUGGUAUAGAGCGACUGUUGCUGGAGAACUAUCUGUCAUUUUUAUAUUAAAGACCUCAGACGGUCUUCUUCUAAGUGUUGACAGUGUUGCUAAGCAACAUGGCUAAGCGUGUUGCUGUGAUUGGAGCAGGCUGCUCUGGGCUGGUCUGCAUCAAAUGUUGUUUGGAUGAAGGGCUGGAGCCAGUGUGUUUUGAAAGCAGUGAUAAUAUCGGCGGACUCUGGAGGUUUAAGGAGACACAAGAGAAGGAACGCACCAGCAUUUAUCGUUCUCUUAUAGUGAACACCUCAAAAGAAAUGAUGUGUUUUAGCGAUUUCCCAAUGCCAGAUCAUUUCCCAAACUACAUGCACAACUCUCUUGUUGUGCAGUACUUCACACUCUACACGGAGCACUUUGACCUGCUCAGAUAUAUUCACUUUCAGACUACAGUACGCAGUGUAAGACAGAGGCCUGAUUUCUCAGCUUCGGGUCAGUGGGACAUUGUGACCACAGGCAGGGAUGGACGAGAGAAGAAACAUGUGUUUGAUGGUGUGCUGGUGUGUACAGGUCAAUACACACAACCUAUCACACCGGCCUUCCCAGGUGUUGAUUCUUUCCAAGGAAUGAUUGCCCACAGCUAUGAUUAUAAAGACCCUGAUCUUUACCGUGGAAAGAGACUUGUGAUUGUUGGGAUUGGAAAUUCUGGAGGAGACAUUGCUGUGGAGCUCAGCAGAGUGUGUGAGAAGACAUUCCUGAGUACCCGUACAGGGGCAUGGAUCACAGGUCGCAUGUUAAAUCGAGGGCUCCCUAUGGAUAUGAUGCUGGUUAGGCGAAAUCUGGAUCUGAUUUUUAGCCUUCUGCCUCGAGCUGUGAUCAAUUGGAUUGGGGCAAGAAUGCUCAAUCAGAAACAUGAUCACAAGCUGUAUGGACUACAGCCUAAAUACGGAGUUUUUGACCAGCGUCCUAUUAUCAACGAUGACCUCCCGGGACGCAUUCUGGUGGGAGAACUGGUGAUGAAACCAAAUCUGCAAAAAUUCCAAGGCUCGACACUGAUGUUCAAUGAUGGGACAGCGGAAGAGAAUAUUGAUGCAGUUAUCUUCUGUACAGGAUUUAAUUCUACGUUCCCCUUCCUCCCUUCCUCCUUAAACUCUGGCCCUGAUGGAGAACUGACUCUCUAUAGAAGAAUCUUUCCCCCAUCUCUAGAGCGCCCGACACUGGGCAUCAUGGGUCUGUUCCAGACCAAAGGGGCCAUCAUGCCAGCUGUAGAAUUGCAGGCACGCUGGGCCACAAGGGUCAUCAAAGGGUUAAACCGUCUUCCCUCAGCAGUGAAAAUGCACAAAGUUAUUGAAAAAGAGCGCAGAGCAAAUUUAAAAUGUUACCCUUGUCCAAAGCAGGCUGCCCUUCAAGUUCCCUACAUUCCUUACCUAGACACAAUAGCCAAGGAAGUGGGCGUCUGUCCUAACAUUUUUUGGCUGCUCCUAACAGACCCUGCUCUGGGUUUGAGGGUUUUGUUUGGUCCCUGUACGCCCUACCAGUUUCGGCUAAGCGGACCAGGGCAUUGGAGAGGUGCUCGUCAGGCUAUCCUUACCCAAUGGGAUCGUGUGGCCAAACCCAUGAAGACACGCCCCAUUCCGGAAACAAAAUCCAUCAGUUUGUUGUAUUGGCUAGGUCUGGCAGGAGGGGCUGCAGUAAUUUGUAUCAUUAUGGUAAAACAAAAGAAAAUCCCACACUUUCUAGACACACUUAUAUUCCAUAGACAACCUCUCUACUAAGACACAUGAAAGACCCGCAGUUUACAUUUGGCAAAUGUAUUAAGACAUACAUCUGUUUUUAGACUCCAGUGUACUGUAUUUGUUUUGCAUAUGAACUUAACAUGAUAACAUUUUUUAAAAAUGAGAAAAUUCUGA